AUGGACAUCUUCAACGAGGCCGCGUCGCGGUGCGAUGCCUUCCGGACACCGAGAUAUCUCGAGGUCGUCAUUUCCAUUUUGAUCCUCCUCGGCCUUCUCGUCUCCUAUCUCCCACAGCAUUAUCGAAUCAUAUCACGAGGCACAGCGGAGGGCAUCUCCCCAUACUUUGUGCUUCUCGGUACCACGUCGGCAACUGCCGGAUUUGCAAACAUAUUGACCGUCCCACCCUCGCGCGCAGCCAUGAGCUGCUGCAAAGAAGUCGAGGGCCUCGAAUGUGCAGCUAGCAUGCUUGGAAUCGCUCAACUUGGCGGGCAGUGGCUGUGCUUUAGUCUCAUUCUCGUGCUUUUUCUCAUGUUCUUCCGCUACGAAGAUGCUACGGUUCCACAAGACGAACUUGCUGGCGAGUCGCCGAAAUGGCAAACUGCUGCGACGGUUGGACUGCUUGCCUUCUUGCACGGCCUCGUCACCAUCAUCGUCACUGGCAUCUUCGCCAUCGCCAUGCCCCAACACCUAAACUUUUGGGCCCAUCUUCUCGGGGUUCUGGCAGCAGCUCUGGCGGCCGUGCAGUAUGUGCCACAGAUCUGGACAACAUAUCACCUCAAGCACGCCGGCAGCCUGAGUAUUCCCAUGAUGUGUAUUCAGACACCUGGUGGUCUCUUGUUUGCUGCCAGCCUCUACAUGCGCCUGGGCAUGGAGGGCUGGAGUACUUGGGCCAUUUAUUUGCUGACUGCGGCCAUGCAGGGUUCUGUGCUCUUCAUGUGUGUUUACUACGAGCUUGCUAAGCGUCACGAGCGCAUGCAAGAGCCUGAGAGUGCCCCUCUUAUCAACGAACCCGAUUCUCCGGUCGACCAAUCUAACCACCAAAGGCCUAUUGCUAACCGCACUUACUCCGAGGGCUGGGAGCGUGGUCUUCCCGGGCCCUUUACCGGGCACCCAGAACGCUACGCUGAAACCGAAGAAGACUUGGAGCACAUUCAAGACCGCGAGGAACGUGCGAUUGCGCGAGAGAGCCAGCCUCUGUUGAGACCUGGUGGUAUCGGUAACCCCAACAAGAGCUACAAGUCUACGAAUCACCGUCACUAA